UUAACAUUGACCCUGAAAGACAUAAUUAAAAAAAAAAGAAAAAUCAAAAGUGAAAAGUGAAAAGGAAAAUUAAAAAAGAAUGUUGAAGUUCCUUGUUGUCUUUAUUAUUUUCAGUUUGUUGUUUGCUGUUCAAUUUUCUAAUGCUGAGAAACCAGAAAGUCUAUCUGAAGCACCUGUAAUUCAUAAGAUGGGAGGAGAAGGUUCACUUACUCCAGAAGAAUGUCCGAAGGCAUAUAAUUUCCGGUGUUCAGCGACGUCUCACAAGAAGACCUGUUUGUUUUAUUGCAAUUAUUGUUGUAAGAAAUGUUUGUGCGUACCAUCAGGAACAUAUGGACACAAAGAAGAAUGUCCUUGCUAUAAUAACUGGCAUACCAAAGAAGGUGGUCCAAAAUGUCCAUAAUAAUUUAUUUUUUUUUUGUUUUCUCUUAAUAAUAUAUAUGUAUUUGGUAAUGUUUAUUUUAAUAUAUAAAAUAAAAUUUGAAGUCUU